UUAUCAAGAACGACAUGUCUCAAUCAGGUUAGGAAAUGAUUGUAACAUCGGACAAGUCGCGUGCAAACCAAAUUUUAGACGAAUGUAAGAAAUUAAAGUAUACGCGCGAUCUCGCGUCCUAAGAUCAAUAAAAAUCGACGGGACAAAUACCAAAAUCCAAAUGCCUCUCAUAUCGAGGAACUGUCCUCACAUCGUCAAUCGUGGUGAUCUCGCAUUUAUCGAGACAGUCUUAUCUCAAAAGGAAGGAUUUAUAAAAUGCAGUGAGUGCAACACGGAUGGGCCUAAUUUAUGGUUGUGCUUGUUCCCUGAUUGUCGUUGGGUUGGAUGUGCAGAGACACACUUAGAUCAUAGUACCGUACACAACCAAAAAUUUCCUAAUCAUUGCGCUCAUAUGAACCUUUCUACGAAUCGUAUAUGGUGUUACGCUUGUAAAAGAGAAGUUAUAACUAGACACAUACCAUCGCCGCCAUUGUCACCUACGCAGAUUGAUAUCAAAGCGCAAAGUAAUAAGUAUUCGGGUGAUGCCCCUGGUAACGUGGAUUGCAGAACUGAAGAUCUAAAUAGGCUCAUAUUGGACAAGUUUUAUGGUGAAUUUAUAAAUCGAGUUAGUUAUGAAAAAGAUGGAUUCAAUGAAAAGUUUGGAGAUUCACCGGAUAGUACGGAUUCGGAUGAAAGUAAAGAUUUCUCUGGGAAACCUAGAGGACUCGUUGGUCUUCAAAAUAUUGGCAAUACGUGUUAUAUGAACGCUGCGCUACAAGCUUUAUCAAAUGUACCUCCCUUGACUCAAUUCUUUUUGGAUUGCGGUCAUAUGGUUAACUAUAUGUCCAAAGAUAGAAAACCCGGUUUAAGCUUAAGCUACCUAAACCUUAUUCGAGACAUGUGGAAUAGGAAAACAAGAGGAUACAUUGUACCACAUGGAAUAUUAUCCGGUAUUCGAACGGUUCAUCCGAUGUUUAGGGGAUAUCAUCAGCACGAUACCCAAGAAUUUUUGAGGUGUUUUAUGGAUCAGUUGCACGAAGAAUUGAAAGAACAUAUUGAGGAUGAUCGUGAUAAUGCGCUAAGAUUAAAAGGACUUGGGGAACAGUCAUCGGACGAAGAUGAAACUGAAAUCGAUGGAAAUGGUUCUAGCCAGUCCGAUGCUGAAUACGAAACUUGCGAUUCCGGAGUAAGCGAACAGAGUUCCCUUAGCGACGAGGGUGAACGUGGUACGAAAAGAAAGUAUUCCCGCGUGUCUCAAUCAGAAAAACUGAGAAGUAAAUUUACAAAUAGAAGUAUAAAAAAAUCGACCGUAGAUCAACCAUUUUCUCAGCCGCAAAGAUCAACGCAAAAUUCACCUGUUAAGUACAGGACUAAAAAGCAAAUAAAAACUCGAAGUAUCAUUAGCGAUAUAUUCGACGGUAAACUUUUAAGUAGCGUACAAUGUCUCACUUGCGACAGAAUUUCAACAAGAGUAGAAACUUUUCAAGAUUUAUCGUUACCCAUUCCAAGCAGAGAUCACAUUGAUAUGUUACAUCAAGGAUCUCUCACUCCACAAAAAGCAGGACCAUGCUCGGAUGUCGUAUACGUUACGAAUCAAUCCGGUUGGCUGUCCUGGUUCCUCCAAUGGAUGCGAUCUUGGUUCUGGGGACCAGUUGUUAGUCUUCACGACUGCCUUUCUGCAUUUUUCAGCGCGGAUGAACUCAAAGGAGAUAAUAUGUAUAGUUGUGAAAAGUGUAACAAGCUGCGCAAUGGAAUUAAAUUUUCCAAAGUGUUAGAACUACCAGAGAUACUGUGUGUUCAUUUGAAAAGGUUUCGUCACGAAUUGAUGUUUAGUUCGAAAAUAGCAAAUUACGUUUCGUUUCCAUUAGAAGGAUUAGAUAUGCGACCGUAUUUGCACAAAGAAUGCGUUUCCAAAGUAACUAUGUACGAUUUGAUAUCGGUGAUUUGUCAUCACGGGACGGCUGGUGGUGGUCAUUAUACUUGUUACGCGUUAAAUCCUAUAGUUAAUAAAUGGUUCGAGUUCGAUGAUCAAUGCGUUACGGAGGUCUCACCGGAAACCGUAAAGCAUUGCGAGGCUUAUGUGUUAUUCUACAAAAAAUGGUCACCAGAAAUGUUACAAUUACGAGAUAAAACUAUGGAAUUGAUGGAAAUCUCAUCUCGGCAAUUAUCCGAUUUAAAUUUCUUUGUUUCGCGACAAUGGAUAAAUCGGUUUAAUACGUUCUCGGAACCAGGACCCAUAGACAACUCCGAUUUCCUUUGUCCGCAUGGUGGUGUUAAUCCUGUUAGAGCACAAUUUGUAGAUAAACUUAGUAUGCCUAUUCCGCAGGCAGUUUGGGAAUAUUUAUACAAUACAUUUGGAGGAGGUCCGGCAUGUACACAUUUAUACGAGUGUCCGAUCUGCGAAGAAAAGUAUGAAUCGUUACAGAAAAGGAGGCAAUACGAGAUGGAUGUAUUUAAACGAUUAAAUUAUAAUACCGAUAAUCCUACCGCUAUUUAUGGAUUGGCUAUGGCUUGGUUGCGCCAAUGGCAAAGCUUUGUACGCGGUAAAGAGACUCAACCACCUGGACCUAUAGAUAAUAAUACUAUUAUAGUAAAUAAAAAUGGUCAGAAUAUCCUGAAAGUGGGCUCAGAUUACGGACAAAUACCAGAAGAACUUUGGCAGUUUUUCUUACAAACAUACGACGGAGGACCAGAACUAAUGUUGCAUUCUUGUCAAAGACCUGUUUCCGCUCAAUCUAACGCGUUACAUUCCACUUCAAACUCGAAUCUAGAUCAGAAUUUUAAAACCAGUCGCACAGAGACUAAAUCUAAUAAACUGUGUAUGACUAGGAGUUCCGAAACGAUUUCGCAACAAGACAGUGGUAUCGAAAGUUUAACUUCGGAUAGUGAUUCCCAUCAAACACAAAGGGAUGUCAGCGAGUAAAACGGUUACUCGACGUCCCUAUAACUGUUUAUACAAAUUAACAUUUCCAUGUGGACAUUACAGUUACGAUUGAUGCUCUUACGUAGAUGAAUCAAUUUUUAACUCUCGUGUCCUGAUCGUGUUACCGAUUAUCGUUAGAUUUAUAAAGCAAAAGUAUCUUCUUCGAUAACGCCACUCGCACUACUUGUACAGUACCGUGGAACAACAUAAAAAAAAAAUUCAAAGCAAUUUCUGUGAAUCUUGUGACAUUCUAUUAUGUGUUUUGUUUAUCACUACGUACAAUUUAAUGUAAAUUUGUGGGUGUUGUGUACUUUGUGGGCAAUUAGCUAGUACAAAAUUUGGUAUAUAUUACUGUAUUAUUUAAAAAUCGAAUAUUUAGCUAUAAUCUUAGUCCAAAAAUCGGUGACCUAUUAUCAGUCCUUUGACUUUCCAUUUUUGCUGUUUGUAUAUUUACUAUAUACAUGUUUGUGUGUCAUUCCUGCAUAUACAAAUUGUUAAAACAUUGUUCGAAAUUAUAUACUUUCUGGUUUUUAUGUAUCCAUUAAAAAAAGAAA